CUUCAUCCAGCACAAGUCCCUGAGGACAGCAGAGCUCACCAGCAUCUAGGAGAAGAGCCCAUAAGAAACCACCUUGCCGUAAACAUGGCUUCCAAGCUGGCCGUCGCUCUCCUGGCAGCGUUCGUGCUUUCUGCAGCGCUGUGCGAAGCUUCAGUUCUGCCGAUAAUAGAAACAGAACUUCGAUGCCAGUGCAUUGGUACGCACUCUACACCUUUCCACCCCAUGCUUAUCAGGGAACUGAGAGUGAUUGAGAGUGGACCACACUGUGCAAAUUCAGAAAUCAUUGUAAAGUUUAAGAAUGAAACAUUGCUCUGCCUGGACCCCAAGGAACACUGGGUGCAGAAGGUUGUGCAGACAUUUUUAGAGACAGCUGAGACAAAAGAGCCAUGAAAAAAAAAAAAAAGCACUCUCCCCGGUUUCCAAGAAUUCCUCAGUAAAGAUGCCAAUGAAACUUCAAAUAAAUCUACUUUAGUGCUUCACAUACUGUGUGGGUCUGGUAUAGAGUUGUCAGGUGAAAUAUAGGAUGCUGGUUAGAUUUGAAUAUUAGGUAAAACAAUGAAGAGUUUCUUUCAAUGUCCCAUGCUAUAUCUAGAACGCACUUAUUUAAAAAACAAAACAACUCAUUGCUUACUAUAAAUUCAAACUUAGCUGGAAAUCCUGUAUUUUAUUUUAUUUUAUUUUUUUUGAGGGAAGGUAAACCUUGCAAUCUUAGUCUGCCAGCCAAGAUCUGUGAGUUCCUUUUAACUGUGCCUUCUUUCUUCUUUAUUCCUAACCUGGAGAAAAAGGACCAGUCACCAUUUCACCUCAAUGUGAUGUGAGGACAUGUGGGAGCAAGUCAAUGUUUUCCAUGGUCACAUAAAUUAUUUUCAAGUGUAAUUUAUUCACUUAUUUAAUAUUUAUGUAUUUACUUAAACAUCAGCUAGAGUAAUAUUUGUGCAUGAAUUUGGAAAAUGGGAAAGGAGCAUUGUUGAUAAGCGAGUAUAAUGAUGGUUGUGAAUUUAUUUUAGAUAUUAAAUAAUAUAUUAGAGAACUAUCUUGAUCAAAGUUGAUUUAUUUUGAUUGAGGUUGCUUGAUUUAGCAAAAUUAAAAACUAACAGAAUAUCCAGUUAAGCUGGAAAUCCCACUUUUAAUAGUCCUCAUAUUGUCCUGUCACUGUUGGCCUUGUGCUAUUCUGUGUUGAAUCACCAAAUCCUGAGUUAGGACUCUCUUCGUCAAAACAGCAAAAAUUCUUGCUGGUUAAUACUUACUUAUUAUGUAUGAAUAGAAUCUCGU